AUGAAAAACAAUACCCAUCUUCCUGAUGAAAUUGAGCCUUCCAAGAGGCUUAGAAGCAUGAUUCCUUCUCGGAUGAUACAAGAAACAUAUAUUCAUGUUUCAUGUGGUGAAGUGUUGAAAGUCCAACCGAAGACCAUUGUACACACUCGUCUACAUAAAGAAGAAAAUGAGGAAAGCGUAGGCUCAAGUGAUGACGUACCACCAACUACUCAGGGAGAGGUGGCAUCGUCCUUCCAUAUCACUUUAUGUGAUGAGACGCCGAUUGAGGGAGAAGAUGCAGAAGAGGCACCCCAUGAGUUAGAAGAAGGGGUACGAGCUGUAGUGGAUGAAUUAAAAGAAGUCGAUUUGGGAACUCCCGAAAAUCCCCGUCCUAUCUUCAUUAGCGCACUUCUUUCUGAUGAAGAUGAAGAAAUCUAUGAAAUGCCAGGGUUAGACCCAAAGGUAGCUGUGCACCGCUUAGCAGUGAAGAAGGGGUGUCGCCCGGUUAAGCAAGCUCAACGAUGCUUCUGCCCCGAGCUCAUUCCCUCUAUUGAAACAGAAGUUAAUAAGCUUAUAGAGGCUGGCUUCAUUCGUGAAGUUAAAUAUCCAACCUGGAUAUCCAACAUUGUGCCCGUGCGCAAGAAGAACGGCCAGAUCCGUGUCUGCGUAGAUUUUCGGGACCUCAAUGUUGCAUGCCCAAAAGAUGACUUCUCGCUUCCUAUCACGGAGUUAAUGAUAGAUGCCGUAACUGGACAUGAGAUCAUGUCAUUCAUGGAUGGUGCUACAUGCCAAAGGGCUAUGCAGACAAUAUUUGACGAUAUGCUGCACAAAAUGGUCGAAUGCUACGUAGAUGACUUGGUUGUGAAGUCGAAAUUGCGCACAAAUCACUUGGUGCAUUUAAGGCAAGUCUUCGACCGCCUACGGAAGUUUCAACUUAAAAUGAACCCCUUGAAAUGUGCUUUUGGGGUUGCUGCUGGAAAGUUCCUCGGGUUUACUGUUCGAAACGGGGGCAUCGAGAUCGAGCAACCCAAAAUCGAUGCCAUAAUAAAAAUGCCCAGCCAAGAAACCUUCAUGAGCUUAAAAGCUUACAUGCCGCCUGUGCUAACCGCUCUUAUUCAUGGUCGCCCACUAAUCCUCUAUAUCUCCGCCCAAGAUAGUUCUGUGGGCUCCUUGCUUGCUCAGGAAAAUGAAAAGGGGAAGGAGAAUGCUCUCUACUAUCUUAGUAGAAUGAUGACCCCGAACGAGUUAAAGUACUCCCCAAUUGAAAAGUUGUGUUUGGCACUGGUGUUCGCCAUAAAAAAACUUAAGCACUACUUCGAGGCUCAUACCAUUCGGCUUGUUUCCAAGGCGAACCCGGUGAAGUAUGUUAUGGCGAAGAAGUCUGUCAAGGGGAAAGGCUUAGCUGAUUUCCUCGCAGAUCACCCAAUACCUGCUGAAUGGGAGUUGUCUAACGAUUUGCCUGAUGAAGAUGUGCUUGUCAUUGAAGUCCUACCCCCAUGGAAUAUGUACUUUGAUGGAGCUUCGCAUAGAGAAGGGGCAGGAGCUGGAGUUGUCUUCGUCACUCCAGAAGGCGAGCUGAGGAUUAACAUUUAUGGAGAUUCAAAGUUGAUCAUAAACCAAGUGUUGGGUCUAUAUGAAGUGGAAAAGGCGAAGUUAGUCCCAUAUAACAACUAUGCAAAGAUACUCAUGCAAUGGUUAGGGGACGUCACAAUUGAACAUAUACCGAGGAAAGAAAACAAGCAAGCUGGCGCCUUAGCUGCAUUGAUUUCAACUAUUGCUCAUCCUGCAGCCAGAGUACAAGUAUGUCAAAGGUGGGUAGUUCCGCCAAUCUUCAAUGAAGACAGAUCAAUUGAUGAAACUGUUGAACUCCCUACUGCCUCAGUUUAUGAUAUAGGCAAGGACGACUGGAGGCAACCGCUGGUUGACUACCUCACUGAUGGAAAGUUACCCGAAGAUCCGCGUAAGAGGGUGGAUAUAAAGCGUCGAGCUCCUCGCUUCAUCUACUAUAAAGAAACGUUGUAUCGUCGUUCAUUCGAGGGAGUCUUUCUCCGAUGUCUAGGGAAAGAGGAAGUUUUACAAGCUAUGCAAGAAGCUCAUUCUGGGGUUUGCGGUGCACAUCAAUCCGGUCCCAAGUUACAUUUCCAUAUUAAGCGAAUGGGCUAUUAUUGGCCUACAAUGGUAAAGGAUUGCAUAGACUACGCUCGAAGGUGUCAAGCUUGUCAAUAUCAUGCAAACUUUUUCCAUCAACCACCAGAACCUCUACACCCAACAAUUGCAUCUUGGCCAUUUGAUGCAUGGGGACUCGAUGUAGUUGGCCCAAUUACACCUAAGUCAUCUGCAAGGCAUGCAUACAUACUAGCUGCCACCGAUUAUUUUUCAAAGUGGGCUGAAGCCGUGGCUUUGAAGGAGGUGAAGAAAGAAAAUUUUGCAGACUUUCUCUGUGUCCAUAUCGUCUAUCGAUUUGGUAUCCCACGAUAUAUCUUAACAGAUAACGGGAAACCCUUUGACAACAAGUUGAUGGACAAGAUCUGCAAGCUUUUUGACUUUAAGUAG